AUGGCACAAGCUGUCACCUGUCGGGUAAAAUUCAUUCCUAUGCAACUUGAGUUUGUGGCAACAUUUGUGUACGUCUAUAAUGUAAAGGAAGAUAGGAAGAUGAUGUGGGAUCAUUUAAGUCAUCUAAGUGGGAAUCGUAAGGAGCCGUGGAUAAUAUUGGGAGAUUUUAAUGUCGUGUUGCAUCGAGAUGAUAGACUGGGAGGAAAUACAGUUACUCUAGCUGAGGUAACUGAUUUCCAAAACUGUAUUGAUAAUUGUGGUUUGGAGGAAAUGGCCAAUUCAGGGAACACGUAUACCUGGAGUGAUAAACAGGCUGCUCGGAUUUUUUCAAAAAUUGAUAGAGUGUUAGUCAAUGGUGAGUGGGUGGAUCAGAUGCCUACUAUAACUGCGCAUGUACUACCAGAGGGGAUCAGCGAUCAUUGCCCUAUAGUGGUUCAGAGUUUGCAAUCAUCAUCUAUAAAGGCGAAAUCCUUCAAAUAUUGCAACGUAUGGAGCACCCACCCAGAUUUCGGAGAUAUCAUCCAAUCUUGUUGGAACCAGCCUAUCGGGGGAUGUAGGAUGUUUCAGGUAGUGUGCAAACUGAAGACACUUAAACGAAAAUCAGGAUUGAGAGGCAUUGAGGAGAAUCCAAAGGCAAUUGCAGCAGACCCCAUUGAAUGA